GGGUCGUGCAACCUCGGGUGGGGUUCGUCGACGUCGAGCCGGAGCGUAUGGGGCUGAUCGGCCCACAACAACCGGCUAGGAAGGCUAUCUGAGGGGUUAAGUUGAUGUGCGGCGAAGUCCGGGACCUUGCGAUCCUCCGUGACCGCUCCUCGGGCAAGUCUCGCGGCUGUGCCUUUGUGAGCUACCAGCACCUGGAGGAGGCCGAGGCGGCCAUCGCCAAGUUCGACCGCCAGCUGCUGCUGCCCGGAGCACAGGCGCCACUAGAGGUCCGGUUUGCAAAGACCCACGCGUACGUGCAGGCUGGCAGCGGCCCCAGCGGCAACAGGCAGCUCUUCUUCUCGCGUGUACCACUCACGCUCAGGGAGGAGGACAUCCUAGAGCUGUUUAGACAGCACGGCAGGGUAGCCGGCAUCAACGUCUUCAAGUGCCGGAGAUCCGGGCGCAGCAAGGGCUGCGGCUUCGUAGAGAUGCAUUCACGAGACGACGCUCUCGCGGCCAUGCAAGCGCUGGACGAGCAGCACGUGUUCGACGCCACGGGCACCGCCAUGUCGGUGCGCUGGGCGGACCCCGACCUGCAGCAGCGCAAGAAGAAGGUCAUGGACGACGUGGGCGCCGACACCCGGGGCAUGUUCCCGCAGAUAUUCUUCGCCAAGGUGCUGCGGUCCACCACCGAGGAGGAGGUGCGGCGCCUGUUCUCGCGCUUUGGCAAGGUGCACGAGGUCAACCUGUUCCGCGCUUUCCAGGGCGCGCCCACUACCAAGGGCUGCGGUCUGGUUACCAUGCUGGUGCAUGAUGAGGCGCUGGCGGCUAUCGGGGCGCUGGACGGCAAGUUCGUGUGGGAGGGCAUGGACUGCCCCAUGGUGGUCAAGUGGAUGGACACGGCGCUGCAGCGGCGGCGGCGCGAGCAGCACGCCACCACCGGCGCCCGCACGCAGCUGCCCUCCGCCUCCAUCGGCGGCCUGCUGGGCGGCGGCGCGCAGUCCCGCUCGUCCAAUGAACCCCUGCCGUACACGCCGUACGCGGCAGCAGCGGCGGCGGCGGCCGCGCAGUCAGGCUCGAGCGUCGCGGCGUCGCUGGUCAACCUGAGCGCCUCAGCCCUGGGCCACGGCGGCGCGGACCUGUCUGGUCUGGGCGGCGCCGGCCAGCUGUCCGCGGGCGGGCUGGGCGGGCUGGGCGGGCUAGGCAUGGGCGGCGUGGGCGUGGGCAUGAGCAAUAGCAUGCUGGGCGCCGCAGGCAUGCAGGGCGGCGGCGGCGGCGUGCUCGGCGGCGGCGGUGGCGCCAGCUACGCCGGGCUCGGCGGCGGCGGCGUGGGCAUGAGCGGCAUGGGCGGCGUGGGCAUGGGCAUGGGCGGCCUUGGCGGCGUGGGUGUGGGCGGCAUGGGCGGGCUGGGCGGCGCCGGCGCGGGCCUGGACGGGCUGAUGGAGGCGAUGGAGACGCCGCCGCCCGGCUGCGCGCCCGACGCCAUGAAGCUGUUUGUGGGCAACAUCCCCAAGAGCUGCACCGAGGACCAGCUGCUGCCGCUGUUCCAGUCCAUCGGCAAGGUGGUGGAGCUGGUGAUUGUGUACGACAAGGUAACGCACGAGUCCAAGGGCAGCGCCUUCGUGUGGUACGCCAACCGCGCCGACGCGGAGCGGGCCAUCAUCCAGUUCAACCUGCGCCACGUGUUCCCAGACCCCAGCGGCGUGCAGGACCGGCCGCUGGUGGUGCGGCGGGCCAAGGCUCGCAGCCGAGCCGUCCUGGGGCCGCUGGGCUUUGGCGGCAUUGGCGGAAUGUACGGCCUGACUCAGCCGGGCGGCUUCGGGCUCUCCUACGGCGCUCCUCAGCCCGCGUACCAGCGCGCGGGGCUGGGCGGCGGCGGCGCGGCGCUGUCCAUUGCGCAGCUGCAGGCCGGCAUGGAGGGACUGGGACUGGGCGGCGGCAGCGGCGCGGGCAGAGGCAUGCGGCUGGGCGGCGGCGGCGGCAACCUGCUGCAGCCCAUGACUGUGAUGGGCCCAGGCGGCAUGCGCACGGCGGCAGGCGCGCCGGUGCAGAUGCAGCUGCAGGGCAACCUGAUGGCCAUGGGGCCGGGCGGCCAGGCGGCGGGCUUCUACGACGCAUACAACUCGGGCGACCAGCUGAUCUCGGACCUAUCCAUGAUGGGCGGCGGCCAGCAGGGCGGCGGCGGCGGCGGCGCAAGCCCCUACAUGGCGUUCGGCACAUCGCCCACCGGCUCGCUGCAGCAGCAGCCGCUGCACGCCACGCCACACGUGGGCGGUGUGGGCACCCUGGGCCCCGGCGACUCCGGGCAGUGGGACUCGCGCUCGCUGACGUCCAUGAACCUGCCCCAGCAACAGCAGCAGCAGCCUGGGAGCGCGACCAUGGCCUCCGCACAGGCGCAACAGCAGCAACAACAGCAGGCGCAGCAACAGGCGCAGCAACAGCAGCAGCUCACUGUGUCGCUCAAUUCACAGCAGUUGGGCGCGGUAAACCAGCACCUCUAUAGCGUGCAGACGGUAAGCGGUGCUACGCUGCAGCUGUCCCCGGGUGCGGGCGGCAUGUUUGCGCUGGUCAUCAACGGCACACCGCCGCAGGUGGAGGCGGCACGCAGCCUGGUGGCCACAGUGGUGGGCGGCCAGAUUUGAGCGCUGGGAAAUGGCGGUGUGGCCGCGCACACGUGCAACGAGGCACGUGAGGGCGCGCCGCGCUGUAUGCCGGACGGGCCCGGCGGCAUGGAUGUGCCGGGAGCGUCAUGAAGCCGUUGAUGCAGCACUGUCAGCAGCCACGCAAGCAGCAGCACUGCUGUCGCCCAUGUGCGUGCGUUACUCGUGGCCUCCUGAAGGCCGUGUGCGGCAUGCGAUUACCGUACGGCGGCGCCAAACGACUGCGCGUGCUUGUGGCUCAAGGUUGAGCAUCUGUGAUGCUCGAUGCAGCAGCGAGGGAAUGAGAGAGAAUGCGCAUGUGCAUUGACAUCAUGCAGGCUGGGUGUGAGGAAGGCUGGGAGAUGUGUGCGAGGAAUCAGGGCCGCUGCGGCGCGCGUUAAGAGCUUGGCGAUGCCGUUCCAGCUGCGGCUCCGCUUCCUCGCACACCACGGGCGAUCUGUCCCCUAUAGAUUGCAUUACAUUAGUAUUCGAUGUUCUAGAUUUCAGGGCUUCCCAAGAAGGUGGCCCUCGCGAUGCCGUGAAGCGCGGAGGUGCCGGCACAAGCAGCCGGUUUGCCAAUGGUGCGUGUGCCCGUGGCGGUAGGGUGUUGGCCUCUUGAGAGCAAGGGUGUACUUGAUGUUGUGCACGACCCAGGGACAGUGCUGCUACAAGGGAGCACAAGGGCUUUCUUAAUAUGCUCGCGCCCUCGCAACGGGCCACUGGCUUUGUGCGCGCGUGGAAUGUCACCAAAAAUGCACGAUUGCAUUGAAAACCUAUUACAUAGUGCCGGUCUGCAGGCCAAUGAGCUGCAUCUACGUCCUUUUUUGCGCCAUGAAGGCAAAGAGUGGGUAAACAGCAGAAGAGGCAUCAAAUCUGUAUGGUUCAGCGCCAGGGAGCAACUGUCUGUCAACCUUUUACACUGGUGCGCGGAUCUCUGGCCAUCGCGAGCUGGUGCGAUGAUACGCGUGUGAGGUUGCAAGUGCUGUUGUGAUGCGGGAUUUGGUCGGAUCGCGGGCGACACUUCAAAUGCUCGUUUAUGAGGGUCAUGCUUUUAUCCUUACGCUUAUCCACUCAAUGAAUUAAACCCUUAUGCGGCGAUAUGGGGGCAAGCACGAAAUCGACAAGGUUUGUGAAACGCAUUAAAGUUGCGCCUCCUGCACAUGGGGCCAGCAGUUCCGAAGUGCUCAUUGUUCCUGAGAUGCAUUGAUCGGUGGCCGCAUGUGCCACUAUGCAAGAUCCGUCCCUAAGGCACAGGCGCUUGACUUGCGAAUGGCGAACUUGUGGCCUUACGUGCCCCGGCCCGCGCGUCUGUCGUAGCGCGGCAGGAUUGAUGGUCGUGUGAUAUCCGCGGUGGAACGGCGGGUGCUCGGCUUUGAGGGGCAUUGGCGGCGGCUGUGGGUAGGGCCAUUUCAGAGAUGUACAUUGCACAGGUGCAGCCGGCUCGCUGUGCUCCGUGCUGUGACGUGGGCAUGCAAUGGAAUGGGCUAAUGAUGCUACGGAAGUUUAGUGCUGGCACUUCAGGGCAGACAUGUGGUGAAUGUAGUGACAGGUGAAUGGGGUCAGCCGCGUCGCCGGCAGCAUUGGGGGGUUCAUGGCAUGGCAAGGUUGACACGGCACUUCUCUGCGUAGGUGCGUGCGUGCAGCAAUACUGAUCGGCGGUGUUACGGUAUGUCGUAUGCAUGAGAUCGGCAAGCACAGCACUGGGAAGCACAGACGCUGGCUGAGUUUGUGAGCCUGUGAACCUGUCAGCCGCGGGGGGAUGUAUUGAAUGCUAAAGUGGCGGCUGCACAAUGGAUGCUAGUCAACAUAAUCACAAACUGGAGGUCUAUUUGUGGCUUGGGAAGGGCGGAUGACCCUUGUGGGAUGGUCAAUGCGCACCCCUACCACCCCAUGCAAAUGACGUGGCCCACAGCAGGGUGUUCGCGGGGCUGGGGUGCACGGAAACUUUGGUGUGGUUUGGACACCGGUGUUACGCACGUGGCGGGGCGGCACAGGAGGGUGUGGGAAUUUGCGCUUCGUGGCGGACGCGGACGUCGAUAUUUCUCACCGCGCGCCAGUCGCAGUCGUUGCAAACAAGUCGUCCACUACAUC